ACUGCUAAUUUCCCUAGCAAAUAAACCAGCAGCUGCUGGUCCAUGAACCAAGUUACCAUUUGGAACAGGGCACUGCAUGCAUGGGACAGGAUGCUUUCAUGGCGCCCCUUGGCAGCAGAAUUGGGGUCCUUCAGUGCAAAAUAUACCUUCUUCUCUUAGGUACUUGUUCGGGACUGACAGUGACAGUACCAUCGCACACCAUCCAUGGUGUCAAGGGCCAGCCCCUCUACCUCCCUGUGAACUAUGGUUUCCAAACUUUGGCUUCAGACAUCCAGAUCAUAUGGCUGUUUGAGAGACUCCACACAAUGCCUAAAUACUUACUGGGCUCUGUGAAUAAGUCUGUGGUUCCUGACCUGGAGUACCAGCACAAGUUCACCAUGAUGCCCCCCAAUGCAUCUCUGCUCAUCAACCCACUGCAGUUCACCGAUGAAGGCAAUUACAUCGUGAAGGUCAACAUUCAGGGAAAUGGAACACUCUCAGCUAGUCAGAAGAUACAAGUCACCGUAGAUGAUCCUGUCACAAAGCCCGUGGUGCAGAUUCAACCAUCCUCUGGGGCAGUGGAGUAUGUGGGGAACAUGACCCUCACAUGCCUGGUGGAAGGUGGUACCCGGCUGGUUUACCAGUGGCUGAAAAAUGGGAAACCUGUCCACAGCAGCUCCUCCUACUUCUUUUCUCCUCAAAAUGAGACUCUUCAUAUUACUCCAGUGACUAAAGGGGACAUUGGAAAUUAUAGUUGUCUAGUGAAGAACCCUGUCAGUGAGCUAGAAAGUGACAUCAUCACACCCACCAUAUAUUAUGGGCCUUAUGGACUUCAAGUUAAUUCUGAUAAAGGGCUAAAAGUAGGAGAAGUGUUUACUGUUGACCUUGGAGAAGCCAUCUUGUUUGAUUGUUCUGCUGAUUCUUAUCCCCCUAAUACCUACUCUUGGAUCCAGAGGGCUGCCAAUACCACACAUGUCAUUCAGCAUGGGCCUCGCCUAGAAGUUGCAUCCGAGAAAGUAGCCCAGAAGACAGUGGACUAUGUGUGCUGUGCUUAUAACAAUGUUACUGGAAGGCAAGAUGAAACUCAUUUCACAGUUAUCAUCACUUCUAUAGGAUUGGAGAAACUUGCACAAAAAGGAAAAUCACUGUCACCUUUAGCAAGUAUAACCGGGGUCUCACUCUUUUUGAUUAUAUCCAUGAGUCUUCUCUUCCUAUGGAAAAAAUACCAACCUUUCAAUGUUUUAAAGCAGAAACUAGAAGGCAGACCAGAAACAGAAUAUAGGAGAGCUCAAGCAUUUUCAGGCCAUGAAGAUGCUCUAGAUGACUUCGGAAUAUAUGAAUUUGUUGGCUUUCCAGAUCCUUCUGGUGUGCCCAGGAUGCCGAGUAGCCCUGUUCUUGCCUCUGAUGAUGUAUUAGGACAAGAGUUGCACAAUACAAUUUAUGAAGUUAUUCAACACAUCCCUGCCCAACAACAAGACCGUACAGAGUAA